CCUGAUGAGCCAAUAAUUCUUCUUUCUUUCUGCAAUAAUAGAUUAUAGAUAGAUCCUUCAGAAUAAAGUCGCUGCCAAUUGCCAGUGGCACCAAACCAAAGUCGCUAGUCUAACUAACCGCUUUUUAAAGAAGCGAAGCGGACGGGGGAGCAGUCGCAGGGCAGGGACGGUCGAUCUUCUCCUUCUUCUUCUUCUUCCUCCUCCUCCUCCUCCUCUAUAUAUACAAGUACAACCUCACCUCACGGUCCUCACCGUGACUGCCUCUAGAUAGCUCCAUUCUGUAAACAAUCACGCAGCUCUUUUCAGCCAGCAUGAACUCUGCACGUCAUUGCAGAGAGACAACACCUUCCAUUUCAUCAACUACAGUCUAUGCAGAUCUUCUUUUCACGUUGCUAUAUUCCAUCAUACCGCCUGUUAAAACAUAUGUUUCUAUCAACAACACGACUCUGGAACAGGUAACAAUGGAGUUUGUAUUAUGAGCACAGCAUGGAAAGAUGAUCAGCAUCCAUCCUUCAUCAGCUUCAUCUCUACUUUCCUCCAUGCAAAUUCCUAUAGACUGAACUUCGUGCCAAUUGCUCCAGAUUUCAUCUUUAACUGUGGAGGUCUGUCUGUAGCUUUCAUAUUUGUGACCAACUGGUAUACCAAGGACUGUGCAUCCUUCUUCAGCAAAACUCAACGGUUGAAGGGACAGUUUGCACAUUUCUACGUGGUUGUUACUCUCCCAACCAAGGAUCAAAAUGAUGAUUUCAUACGUUCUUAUUUCAAACAUGGCAUAGAUCUAGGGCGACCAACUUUCAUUCCUGUACAAGAUUUGGAGAUGGGAUUUGAGAAGAUUGUAAAGGUUGCACAUGCUCAUGGAGUUUGUAAGAGGCAGGAUGCAAUAGCAAAAUUGAGAGUUGAGAGAGAAAAGUCGGUGCAAUCCAUGGACGUCUAUAUCAAAGUGAUUACAUCCAUGCCCGGCAUUGAUAGCCACGACACAAAUGCGCUCAAUCAAGCAGUUGGUUCCAUUGAAGCAGUAGCCAAAGCCUCAAAGGAGUACAUCUUGGAGACUACUGAUCUUUCAAGCGAGAAAGCCGAGACCAUAAAGCGACUUUUCAGAGACCGAAAGUAUUACCUCGGCCCCAGGAUCUAACAUAUGAACACUUUCAUAACAUUGUAACUGUUUUGAAUGACUUUCAGGAAUAAAUACCAGGAAAAAUAUCUCGAGAAUGCACAAAGAGGUGGUUUAUGCUUAGUAAAU